AUGGAGGUCCAAAUUAUUUCCAAAGAGUGCAUCAAACCCUCUUCUCCAACACCCCCUAACCUGAAAACCUACAAACUCUCCCUCUUGGACCAGGCCGCUCCUUCCACCUAUGUUCCCACGAUCUUCUUCUAUCCCAUGAACCAAAGCAUAAGCCAUGAUGUUGUUGAUAUUCUCUCUCAAAGAUCACAACUGCUAAAGCAAUCCCUAUCAGAAACCCUAACUCGCUUUUACCCACUUGCUGGCAAAAUCAAAGAUUAUCUCUCCAUCGAUUGUAAUGACGAGGGGGUUUUUUAUUUAGAAGCUUAUGCAAACUGUCAUCUUGUUGACUGCCUCAACCAGCUUAAUCUCGGAUCAUUGCAAAAACUUCUUCCGCAAGAGAUGAAUUUUAAGGAGUUAACUGCGGGAGAUCAUGUAGCUAUGAUAAAAGUGACCAGCUUUGCAUGCGGCGGUAUUGCCAUUGGUUUCCUUGUUUCCCACAUGAUCGCCGAUGGAGCUUCCGUCGGUGUCUUUGUCAAAGGUUGGGCAGCCACUACUCGUAAGGCCUCUGAAGCUGUAUGUCCUAAUUUUGAUGCCCCAUCAAUUUUCAUACAAAACGAUGCAUACUCUAAAGAGGCAGUUUUGGCAACUGUUUCCAAGUACUCCUUCAAAUCAGGCAGGUGUAUUAUAAGGAGAAUCAUGUUUGAUGCCUCAGCCAUUGCAUCACUUAAAGCCAAAGCAAGCAGCUCAAGCGUGCAAAACCCAUCAAGAGUUGAGGUUGUGACGGCACUGCUAUGGAAGUGCAUCAUGACUGCCUUCAAGGCCACUUCCGGUAUCCAAAGACCUGCCUUUAUUACCCAAGCUGUGAAUUUGCGCCGAAGGGCAGAUCCACAAUUCACAGAAUCUUCCAUGGGAAAUAUACUUUGGUCAAUAGGCGCAUUAUGCACAGCUGAGGAGAUAGAUUUUGCUUACAUGGUGAACAAGCUUAGAGAAGCAAUAAGGAAAAUCAAUGCUGAUUUUGUGAAAAACCUACAAGGUAAUGCAGGGUUUUCCAAACUCUGGGAGAUUGUGAAAGCAAGGAGUAUUGGAGCUAUCUCCAAUAUGGAAUUUCCUUGUGGAGUGGAUUUCAUUGAGUUUACCAGUUGGUGUAACUUUGGUCUCUAUGACAUUGAUUUUGGGUGGGGAAAGCCAAUGUGGGUAAGCUUAGUUGGUUCAAACGACGAUUUGGAAAUCGUGUUCCGAAAUUUAGUAAUUCUAAUGGAUACAAGAUCCGGCGAUGGAAUAGAAGCUUGGGUAGUGUUAGAAAAAGAAGACAUGACUAUGUUGGCACAAGACAAGGAGCUUCUUGCUUUCGCUUCUUUGGAUCCUAGUCCCAUAAAAUAG